GCUCUCCACUUGCUCGCAAUCCGCCGACGCGCACGGUGCACCGCUUUUGCGUCUUUCCCAACACGCUGUCCCACAUCUAGUCAGCGACGUGUCCCUGCUUUGCUCAGACCGAGUGGGGAGUGAACAACAGCAAGAGUGCGAAAGAGGCAGAAGAGGGCAAAGAGAUAAAUCCAUAAAGGAAAGAAGAAGAGGAAAGAGGUCUCCACCGAGAAGAUGCUGACAGCAGCCGGUGUGUUGGCUGUGGUCGCUCUGGGAUUGAGCGCAGCUCACUCCAAUGUGAAUAAACACAAGCCAUGGAUUGAGACGUCAUACCAUGGGGUAAUCACUGAAAACACUGAUGUUGUUCUGCUUGAUCCUCCUUUGGUGGCUCUGGACAAGGAUGCUCCCAUCCCAUAUGCAGGGGAGAUCUGUGCGUUCAACAUCCAUGGGUUGGAGGCUCCAUUCAAGGCAGUGGUGCUGAACGGUACAUCCGGGGAGGGCCAACUGAGGGCUCGUUCCCUGGUGGACUGCGAACGGCAGAAGGAGUACACCUUCAUCGUUCAAGCUCAUGACUGUGGUUCAGGCCCAGGGGGCACAGAGGGCAAGAAGUCCCACAAGGCGGUGGUCCAUAUUCAAGUCAACGAUGUCAAUGAAUUUGCUCCAGUGUUCCGGCAGCCCGAGUAUCAAGCUGCAGUGACAGAAGGCAAGAUUUAUGACAGCAUCCUCCAAGUGGAAGCCACAGAUCAGGACUGUUCCCCUCAAUACAGCCAAAUUUGUAACUACCAGAUUACUACAACUAACACACCCUUCGCUAUAGACCGCAAUGGUAACAUCCGAAACACAGAGAAGCUGAUCUAUGACCGGAAGCAGCAAUACGAGAUACAUGUGACGGCUUGGGACUGUGGUCAGAAGAGAGCCUUGCACAGCAUCCCUGUGCGAAUUGACGUCAAGCCUGUCUGCAAACCCGGUUGGCAGGGCUGGAAUAAACGAGUUGACUACGAGCCCGGAACAGGAAGCAAACCGCUGUUUCCUCAAAUGCAUCUGGAGACAUGUGGUGGGCUGCUAUCUUCUGCGAGAACUACAGUUGAGCUGCUGACCAAUCACAUUGGAAAGGGAUGUGACCGUGAGACCUACUCUGAGAAGUCCCUACAAAAACUAUGUGGAGCCUCAUCAGGCAGCACUGAUCUUCUGCCUGCCCCCUCCGCUACCACGAACUGGACAGCUUCUCUGAUGACAGACAGUGGGAGAGACAGUGACUUAAUUUUUAGGUUUGAUGGUCACCAGGCAGCUAAAAUACCAGACUUGGUGGUGCCCCAGAACUUGACGGACCAGUUCACGAUAGCAACCUGGAUGAAGCAUGGGCCCAGCCCUGGUAUCAGGGCUGAAAAGGAGACCCUUCUUUGUAAUUCUGACAAGAUAGAGAUGAAUCGCCACCACUACUCCCUGUAUGUCCACAAUUGCCGCCUAGUGUUUCUGCUAAGGAGGGACUUUACUCAGGUGGACACGUUCAGACCUGCCGAGUUCCACUGGAAACUGGAUCAG